UACAUCUCACAGGGCCUCAGCUGUCAGGAUAGUGUGCACAUCUGGGAGGCUGGUGGGAGCAUGAACGCCUCACAGGGGGGAGCUUUGGCCAAGGCUGCCUGGCUGGACUGCUGUAACCAGUCUGGGUUGCCGUUCAGGCCGCCCGAGGGGACACGAAGGGUGCAGGCGGUAGUGCUGGGUGUGCUGUCGCUGUUGGUGCUCUGCGGGAUCCUGUUCCUGGGUGGUGGACUCCUCCUCCGAGCUCAGGGCCUGGUAGCACCACUGGCUCGGGAAAGGCGGGCAUCCCAUGAGGCUGAGCCUGGUGCCUGUGGAGGGAAUGACUCCUAGGUGUCAGCCUGCCUUGGAAAGUUCAGCUGCUUCUGUGCCUUCCAGAGCCUAUUUCUGUGGAGCCCAGGGGAAGGUCCAUCCCACAAGCUCUUGUCUCCUGCACAGAUGCUGGAGCAAGCUGUGCCCUUCGGAAUGCUCUCCCUCCACCUGCUGCCGCACCGGGAAACCCCUGCCACCCGCCCUUACUCCAUCUGUGCUGCAGAUGAUGGGCUGAAGAUACCUGGACUGUGGUGCCUCCCUACUCUAGGAUCCUAGCACUCAAUGCUGCCUCUGGAGCUGCUCUCUGAUACCUGGGGCGGGUCCAGGAGACCCACGCUCCAGGAACAAGCGAGUCUGCUUGCUGACUGCUGUGUGCCCUGGACACUGACAUGGCUUUACACCCCAACUGCUUGGACAUUAGUGUGUCCUCUGCACACCAGACCCCUGUGGAUACAAGAGUGCAGCUCCUGUCCUGCCUGAUGCCAGACAGGAGUGUCCUACAACCCAGCAACCUAUUGUAACCUAUUGCUGCUGAGAACUGCUGGUUAGUAUCUCCCAUUUGAGAGCGUGUCAACAGCCAUCAGUAAUGCACUAUCACUUUCCUUGGCUUGCUAUUAAAUUGUCCAGAAAUGCA